AUGAAGAAAAAUCCAUCUCUUUUCAAAAGAGUCCUAAUUUCAGGUGAAAGAGGGAAGUAUAAAGCUUGUUAAAUUUGCCAGAAAAAGUUUGGUACAGAGCAUUAGUGCAAAAGAUGCAAGAGAGCAGUUUGCGAUAAGUGUUCCGCUUUUAAAGGAAGAGUAUUUACAGAGUCAGGGUAAGAAGAAAAAGCCUUGCAUAGAUAAUGUAGGAUUUGUAAAGAGGAGAGUGAAUCAAUAAAAAAAUUUGUGGAUAGUAAUCGUAUCUAAUUUCUUCAGGAUACGAAGGCACUUGAGUGGUUGAAUUAAUUUGGGGUUACAAAAGAACAAACCAAAACAGAAUAUUUAUAAGCGUAAAGUAAGAUUUCGCAGAGUGAUUAAUCAGAAGUCAGAAAACUUAAAAAUAACUUAAAUAUUGCAUUUGCUGAAAUACCUGGAGUGUUCAACUAUUCAUUAAGAGAGUUCAUUUACUACGUUAUCAAGGAAAAUGAGUAUGAAACAUUGAAAUAAGUAACAGGAAGAGUUUUGGAGACUUUCCUAUCAAAUUAUCAUGAAGUCGGAUUUUCACCAGAUUUAAUAAUGCUGACAGUGUUCUUUCUCUGUUUUGGAUCAGAAGCAGCUGCAUUUUCCUUACUCAACAUAUUUUUUGCAGAGAUGGUAUAAGCUAAUCUAUAUCCUGCCAAUAUCAUGUCUUAUGAUAAUGGAGAAGAUAUUGAUAGAGUUCUUUUGGUCUUAAGUUCUUCUUUUAAAAUGUCUUAGCAAGACAAGCCAUUGAUAACUAACUUCUUGAAGUCAAGAUUAAUAAAAUAUUAACAAUGUUUUACAAUCAAUAUGUUGUAAUUUGAAUCAACAUAUUAUGUUAUUGAUUCUCUAUAUUCUUUGCAUCAACAGGCUUAGGAUGAGUUUAUUAAAUUUAUUGCAUCUGCCUUAUCAUAAAAUAUUGCUGACGUAAAAGCCAAUCAAUUAAACAUUGAAGAGAUUGAAGUCAUUUUGUUAAGAUAAGUGAAAUAUUCAAUGAUCUAGGAUGGAUACUUUAAAACCAAAAGUGUACAAUUUUCACCAUAUGUUAAAACAAUGUCAAUAUCAUAAAUUACCAGCAGGUUUUCUUCUGUGAUUUAAGAUACAACAUCAAGUAAUAUGGACUUUGAUCGAGUGAGUAUCUUGAACAAAAUAGUUGAAAAUCAAAAGGAAGAAAUUGCAAAAUUGAAUUCCCAAUUGAAUAAUGGGCCUGAGUUGAAUAGAAAAAAGACUGUAUAGAUGAAACAGAAGGAUCAAACCAAUAUAUAAGGUGAUUUGAAAUAGGUGGAAGAUGAAGACUUAGUGUUUUCUAAUUUGAGAAGAAAGACUAUGCAUUUGUUAAAUUAAGAGGAAGUUGAUGAGGAUGUGGCUGUCUUAACUGAUUAUAUUAAUAAAUUGGAGGAGGUCUUAAUAUUGAAACAUAGAGUGGUGAAGGAUUAGAACCUCAAAAUUUUGGAAAUGCAAGAAAAGAAUGAAAAAAUUUUUGAAGAAAUAUAAAAACUUAAAAAAGAAGUAUAGUUGUCUGAAGUUAAAUUUAUUGAUUAAACCAAAAUUACUCAUUAGUUUGAAAAGGAAGUGAAUGAAAAAUCAAGAAUAAUUGAUGAAUACAAAAAAAAAAAUAAGGAAUUGCAAGAAAACUUGGUUUCUGCUUAAACAGAAAAUAAUAAAUAUAAAAUAUAAUUACUUGAAGUCAAAGCUUUAGAAGGAGGUUCAGCUAAUGGUAAUGGAUAGAAAUCAAAUUCUUAUUAAAGAGAAGUUGAAAGAAUCUAGGAUGAGAAUGCUAGAUUGUAGAAGAAGAUUGCAGAAUUGGAAAAUCAGGUUUUAGAAUAAAAUUCGAAAUCUAGUGAUUAGAAUGAAUCAAGAAAGCUCUAAAUUUAAAUUACUUAACUCGAAUAAUCUAAAUUUUUGAUAAAUGCUUAGUUGAGUUAGAGGGAGGCUACAAUCACCUAAUUGUAAAGAUAAAUUCAAGGACUUCUAGAUGAAAAUAACAUGAAAUCAGAAGGCGAUUAGGUAAUAUAAGAGAGAAGAAAGAAUGCUGAAUUAUAACUCUAGUUAAGUAAUUAUCAAACUUCAGAAAAAGUUUGGAAAUCAAAACUGAGUGAUAUUGAACAUAAACUAAAAGAGCAAACAUUGAUCAAUUAGGAAUUGAAAACUAAAGUUAACUCUUCAAAUCCUUCUAUUACAAUAACAAAGGAUGAAAAUGAUAGAAAUUAUGAAAGAAUUAGAGAACAAUUAUCAUUAGAAUUGGAAGCUAAAACAUCCUUAACUAAAUAAUUAUUUUAAUCAAUAGAUGAAUUAACUAUAAAAUUGAAUUAAGAGAGAUCCAAAAGUUAGAACCUAUAAAUCGAGUAUGAUCAACUAUUAGAAUAAACAAAUUUCAGAUAAAAUAGAUCUUAGACAAUAUAAUAAUAAAACUAAUAAAAGGAUUAGAGAAUUCAAGACUUUUAGGCAUAAAUUGAAUAAUUACAAUUAGAAUUAUCUAAAGCAAAAUCAUAAUAAUCAUAAUUGGCAUCUAUGCAUUAAAAUCUUUAAGAGAACUUUAAAGCAGCGGAAAUGAAAAUUGUAGAACUGGAACAUUAAAAAAGAAUGUAUGAUAGAACUAUAUAAGAAAAGGUGGAGUAAGUGACUUCACAUGAGACAAAAAUCAAAGAAUUAAACACUUAAAAAAAUUAAUUAGAUGAAUAAUUGACGGAAAGUUUAAAGAAGUAAAGUGAAUAAAGAGUUUUAUUGGAGAGUUUGUAAUUUUAAGUUGGAAAUAAAGGAAAAGAGUAUGAAAAUCUUAAGAAAAAAAUAGAAGAAUAAGAACUUAUUAUUUUAGGGUAAAAUGAAAAGAUCCAUAAAGUCAAGGAAUCGAAUGAAGCAGAAUAAAAUGAAAAAUCCAUUCUUGGAACAGAACAAGAAAAUCUGAAAAAAUAAUUAUACAUGAAAGAAGAACAGAUUCGUUCAAGAUAAGAAUAAAUCAAUAGUCUCAAUGAUUAAAUUAGAAAUUUGAAUGAAAAAGUAUCAAGUCUAGAAUAACAACGAACACUUUAAAAUAAAUAAGUGAAACAUCUGGAAGAUCAAAUUAAUUCUAGAGAAAGAGAAUACAUGACAGAACAUUCAAAGGUAUCUUCUGAAAGAGAUUUGUAGAAACAAAGGGUUAUCGAAGCAGAGGCUCAGAUAUUGAAGUUAUAGUAAAGUGAUAAGAAAUAUAAAACUGAAAUUUCAAAUUUAAAUGAAGAACUACAACAAUAACUAUUAACACUAGAACAUUUGAACAAAUAGAUUAAAGAUUAUGAAAUAUAACAAAAUUAAUCUAGGGAAUCUAAUUUGGAAAAUAGCAAAGUUCAGUCAAUAAGAUUGGAAAAAUUGGAACAAUAAAAUUAAAACAUGAACAUUAAAAUUGAGGCUUAAAGUUAAGAAAUUAAAUAAUAUACUGCUAAAAUAGAAGAACAAUUGACAACAAUAACUGAAUUGAAAUAUAAAGUGCAGGAGGAGGAGAGUUUAAGAAAGGCAAAGGAAAAGCAAGUUAAUGAUAAAACCUAAUAAAUUGGUUAGCUAGAAAAUCAAUUAAUAAAGAUUCAAGAAAAAUAUAACUAAAGUAAUAGAUCAUCAUAAGAUAUACAAAAUCAAUACGAUGAUCUAAAAAAAAAAUUUGAUGUUGAAUUAAAUAAUAUGCAAUCUCUCUAAAGUAGAUCCAUUGAAUAUAACUCUUUAUAAUCAAGAUAUAUGGAGUAAGGUUAAAAACUAAGCUCUUUAGAAAAACAAUUGUUGGAUUACAACGAAAUUUCUGACUAAUAUCAAAAACAAAAGAAGGAACUUCAAAGUCUUACUGACUUACUUGAUUCAAAAUUGGCGACUAUUGUAUCUCAUGAGACUAAAAUAAUUGAUUUAACAAACUAAUUAAAGGAAUCAAACUCAUAGUUGCAAUAAGUAAGAAAAGAAAAUCAUGAGAUAAUGCAGAAGAGAGCAUAGGACAUGUAGGCUAUGGCAUAAUUAAAAUAAAUAGAGGUAGAGAAUGGAGACUUGAAAUAAUAAGUGUAUUCACAUGAAGCCACAAUUUAAAAUUAAGAAGCAUUAUUAUCAGUUUUGAAAGGAAAUUAAUUAAAUUUAGAGUAGAGUUAGAUGAAAUUAAAAAUUGAUUAUUAACAUUUGGAUGAGAAAUAUAAUGAAAAGUUGAUAGAUUUGGACGAGAAAUCGAAGACUCUGUUUAAUUUAUAAAAUAAAUUUGAUUCAUUGAGCUUUAGAGCUUAACAAUCUGAAGAAAAUCUAAGACUUGUGGAAGAUUAAAGAGAUGAUUAUCAAAGUAGAUAUGAAUUGGCCUUACAAGAGUUAGAUAUAUAUAAAGGAAAAGAUAAAGAGAUAAAUUUGAUGGCAGCUAACAAAAUAGAAUUGCAAGAACAAAUGCAUUCAGUUUAGAAGAAAAAUAAAGUCUUAGAGAGAGAACUAUAAGUAUCUUAGAAUGCUUUAUAAUCUAAAGAAUCAGAUAUCUUAUAACUCUAGCACACCAUUUAGAAAAAGGAGUAAUAAAUAACAACAUUAGAAGGCACUAUUGUAAAAUUAAAGGCUGAUUUAACUAAUUCAAAAAACAGUUAUGAAUAAUUAUAACUAGAGUUGACUGAAAUGAAUUCAGAACAAACAUCAUCUGGAGAAUUGUUUUCAUAAGUCAAAAAGUUAACUAAUGAUAAUCUAAAUAAAAACACUUAAAUUGAUUAAUUAAAAUUGUAAAUUAACGAACUCCAAGACAAAAAUAGAAAUCUUGAAAAAUAAUAUAAUAAAUUAAGAAGUGAUGCCCUAGUAGGUAACUAAGGAAAUUCAGAAUCCUUUGAAUUAAGAUCAAGGGUAGAUGAAUUGGAAGGAUAAUUUAAAUAGUCUCAGAAUUCAAUUAGAUAAAAGGAUUAACAAAUUCAAGAAUUAAAGUAAUUGCUUGAUAAUCAAAGCUAUCAAUCUAAUUAGAGUAAUUAGAGAGAAAAAGAAAGAGAAAGAGAAAAAGAAAAAGAAAAAUAAACAUAUAAUAAACCAAUAAAUAAUAGUAAUGAUCAUGAAAAUAUGAAAAUUUAAGAAUAUCAGUUCAUUAUUGAAUAACAAACAGAAGAAAUAGAAAACAUGAAGAGAAAUUCAUAAGGGUUGGGUGAAGAAUUAACAGAAUUGUUAACUUUAGUUGUGAAUGUGUUCUUAAAAAAGAAGAUCAAGAAGGAUCAAUUAAAUAUUGCCACCGUUCUUGAUUAAAUUAAAUUAUUCUAAAAGGAAAAUAAGACUCUUACUAUAAGAGAAGAGGAUGAUGAAUAAUUAGUCUUAUAAAAGCUUUAAUAAUAUAGAGGAGACUAUAUCAAUUUUAGAUUCCGCGUAGAACAAAACCUAACAAGAAUAACUGUACUAAAGUAACAAAUGCUUUAAAUUAUAUCUGAAGCAAAAAUCUAAGGAAAGAAGAAGGAUGUCGAUAAAAAUAUGGAUGUAGAAAACUUAGUAAUGUAUUUUAAGUUGCUGUUGGAUUCGUAAGCCGUCUAAUACAGCAAUCAAUUGUAACUAUGUUAGUAAUAUGAAGCUGAACUUAGGUCAUACUAAAAUAAUACAAGUCCUCAAGGGUAAAUCAUAUAAUAAGUGAAAGAAUUAUUGUCUAAAGCUCCGUUUUUAACCUAACAAUAAAUAUAUUAAUUUACAGAACCAAAGGUUUCAAUUAAAUUAAGAAAGGAUUAAGAUUAAGAAGACGCUAGAUUAUUAUUGGAAGCUAGAAAUCAAUAAAUUUAGUGGUUAAAGAACUUAAUAAAUGAAAAACAAGAUCAGCUAGCAGUUAUGAACACAUAUUUAACAAAUUUAAAAUAGUUGAUGGAUAAAUAUCAUUUGAAAUGA